AUGUCAUCAGUAGCCAAUUUAUUCAUUGAUAAGAAACAAGCACCACCACAUGAAGAUCAAGGCAUAAUGGACAUUGGUAAAAAUUGUUCUUAUUGCAACCAACUAGAUUUCCUUCCAUUCACUUGUGAAUUUUGUAAAAAGACAUACUGUUCCAAUCAUCGAACUUUAGAACAACAUCAUUGUCCACAUAAGGAUAAGUUUUACAAUCAACCGCCAAAACUAGACGACACUUUAUCUUCUAUUUCUAGUUCAACUACUGUAUCUUCUAAAUCGUUGUUUCCUGAUAGAGAAGCAGAUAGGAAAUUGAUUGAUGCGAGGUUGAAAAGUCCUGAGCCUACUACUAUUAAGGAAACGCAAUUUAGAGUUGGGGAUGUAGCUGGUUCCAAUGCAUUUAAAAAAUUUCAAAAGUUUCUCAAUAUACAAAAGGAUAGGAAGAGUAGAACUGGAGGUGAUGGUGGAUCUAUAUCAAGGCUAUUUGGUAAGAAGUCAUCCACUACUACAACUAGUAAGUAUGCAGAUAUGGCAAGAUUGAAAAAAUAUGCUCAAGGAGAUGCAAAAAUUCCCUUAUCUGAUAGAAUAUACAUUUGGUGUGUAUAUGUAAAAGAUCCCAACAUUUGCAUGAAUAUUGAACAAGACAAGAAACCAGUUUACAUAUCCAAGAAUUGGGUAAUUGGUAAAUCGCUAGAUUCAAUAGCGGAAAAGCUGCGAAUCCCUAAUAUAAAUAAUCUGACUACUAAAGCUGAUGAACGAUUGAAUAUUUUCAAAAUUGAUGAAGUUAAAAAUGAUGAACCUAGAUUGGUGAAAAAUUCAGACAAGUCAAGUAUAUUGAAAAAUGGGGAUAUUAUAUACUUAGUUAGAGGAGUGAUAUAG